AUGGACGGCACCGGCGGCGAGGGAACGGUGAGGCUCGGGGCUCUCAACUUGAGGGAGCGCAGCGGCCUGGACUCUGAUGUGUCGGUUUCGUCGCCGGUCACCAGGCAGAAAGCUGCCGCCGCCAAGCAGUUCAUCGAGAAUCACUACAAGAACUACUUGCAAGGAUUGCAGGAUCGCAAAGAGAGACGGCGGACGCUCCAGCGCAGAGCACAAGAGGCUCAUGUAUCAAGUGAGGAGCAGGAGGAACUGAUGAGGAGCCUGGAGAGGAGAGAAACUGAGUUCAUGAGGAUGCAAAGACGCAAAGUUGGGAUCGAUGAUUUCGAACAAUUAACUGUCAUUGGUAAAGGUGCAUUCGGAGAGGUCAGGUUAUGCAAGGCCAAAGGCACUGGGGAGAUUUUUGCCAUGAAGAAACUGAAGAAAUCGGAAAUGCUUAGCCGUGGGCAGGUUGAGCAUGUUCGAUCAGAGAGAAAUCUACUAGCCGAGGUGGACAGUCGGUGCAUUGUAAAGCUGUUCUAUUCUUUUCAAGACUCAGAGUUCUUGUACCUAAUAAUGGAAUAUUUACCUGGUGGAGACAUCAUGACAUUACUGAUGAGAGAAGAUAUUCUUUCCGAGGAUGUUGCUCGUUUUUACAUAGCAGAAAGCAUCCUAGCGAUACACUCAAUUCAUCAACACAAUUACGUUCACAGGGACAUAAAACCAGAUAACCUUAUACUGGACAAAAAUGGCCAUUUGAAGCUUUCAGACUUUGGUCUGUGUAAGCCCCUUGAUGAUAAAUAUUCAACUUUGUUGGCAAAUGAAGAUAUUGUGAACCAGGAUGCCACGACUGACAGCGGAGGCAGUGACAGGCCACCUUGGAUGAUGCCCAAGGAGCAAUUGCAACAAUGGAAGCGCAAUCGCCGUGCCCUUGCUUAUUCAACUGUUGGAACUCUUGAUUACAUGGCUCCUGAAGUGCUCUUGAAGAAGGGAUAUGGAAUGGAAUGUGAUUGGUGGUCCCUUGGUGCAAUUAUGUAUGAGAUGCUUGUUGGAUACCCACCCUUCUGUUCUGAUGAUCCCAGGAUCACUUGCCGCAAGAUAAUAAACUGGAAGACAUGUAUGAAUUUCCCCGAGGAGCCCAAGUUAUCCAAUGAGGCCAAAGACCUGAUUCGCCAUCUGCUUUGUGAUGUUGAUACAAGGCUGGGCACCAGAGGAGUGGAAGAAUUGAAGGCACAUCCAUGGUUCAGAUCCGUUCAGUGGGAUAAGCUGUAUGAAAUGGAGGCUGCAUAUCAGCCUACAGUGAAUGGAGAGUUGGACACGCAGAAUUUUGAGAAGUUUCCUGAAUUGGAUGGUGCACCAUCAGCAAUACCAAGUGUGGGACCCUGGAGAAAGAUGUUGGCUUCGAAAGAUACCAACUUCAUCGGAUUCACUUACAAGAAAUCAGAUGUCCUCAAAUCGUUGGAAAGCUCAGGUACAGACAUGAAAUCAAAUGGAAGCUCCCCAUCGUUGAUUUCCUUGUUAGGUCAAAUGGACUUGCAAGACACUGUGAUACCGGAAGUUGAUGACAGGGCAGAAUCCUGA